GUUGGGGGGGGGGAUUGACUAAAUGUCAUCUUCAACAUACGAAGAAACACAAAACUAGAGUAUAUCCACACGUGACAGCGGCACGCCGCUAUAUGAAGAAAAAGGCAGCAAGCAUCAGGACCAGUCGGGAGUCAGACCUCAGCAGCGCGCGCAACGCACUCUCACUUACCGGCUCUCGUCUCCCUCUUUUGAAAGAAAGCAACACAUGUGAGUUUGUUUCCGCUGCGCUACAGGACACUGAGCGGACAAGUUUGAGUGCGGGACCGCAGGUAAACGGAAUCUAAGCUUUUAACAGAGAGGAGGGAAAGGAAAUCCCCCUCUCCCCCCCUUUCAGCGUCCGCGACCACCUUUUUUCCUCCUCCUCGGACCUCUGUUCUCUUCUGGAGACACAAGUUUCUCACACAAAGAGGGAUGCUGUAUGUUCCCGAGCCGCACUUGCACUCAGAAGGAACCUAAAAGUAGACCGGAGCGGAAUUACACUUCAUCUGAUGCAAGCGCACCAAAGCGGACACUUUUAGUGACUGGAGGAUCAGCGCGCUUCAUAAAAUGAUCCCGAUCGGCGGCGUGAUAACAUGUCGCAUCGCGUCUGAUGUUUGACACAUGUUGAGGAUCGACUAAAGAAGAAACUGGAGGAGGACAUAACAGAGUCCGAGAAUUCAUCCCGAGCCCUGCUGGCACCUUUUUACUGGAGUCCGGACAACAGAUCGCCGUCCAGAUGCAGUUUCGACUCUUCUCUUUUGCCCUGAUCGUAUUGAACUGUAUGGAGUACAGCAGCUGUCAGGCGCCGUCGCACCGCUGGAGGAGAAACAAAAGAGCUAGCUAUGGAGGGUACCCCAUCUGUAAAGGCUGCUCGGUGUGCUCCAGGGACAACGGCUGUGUAAACUGCCAGCCAAAACUCUUCCUGUUUUUGCGGAGAGAGAGGAUGAGGCAGUAUGGGGAGUGUCUUCACGACUGUCCAGCCGGAUACUACGGCAUGCGCAGCCCGGAACUCAACAUGUGCUCCAGGUGCAGGAUAGAGAACUGCGAGUCCUGCUUCAGCAAAGACUUCUGCACCAAGUGCAAGUCUGGCUUUUACCUCCACAAAGGGCGCUGCUUUGAAAAGUGCCCCGAGGGCUUUGCCCCGCUGGAGGAAACCAUGGAGUGCGGAGAGGGCUGUGAGGUGGGCCAGUGGAGCGAAUGGGGAGCCUGCACCAGGAGAAACAAAACCUGUGGCUAUAAGUGGGGUCUGGAGACCCGGACGCGGCACAUUGUAAAGAAACCACCCAAGGACACAAUACCCUGUCCCACCAUCGCUGAGUCCAGGAUGUGCAAAAUGGCCAUGAGGCACUGCAGGAGAGGUGACUCAGGGAAGCAGCGACCCAAAGAACCAAAGAAGAAGAACAAGCAGAGGCUGCGGUUUCGGGCCCAGAACCAGCACAGCGACCACUUGGCCUCUGCCCGCCCCAGCCAGUGAGGACUUCAAAAACUACAAACUAGACUUCCCAUU